UCGACAUAGACGAUUUGCCGAUGAUUGCAUGUGGAUUACAUUUGAUUUUUUGUUUUUUGAAUCAGUUUUUUUCGUGAAAUUUAAAUCAUUCGAUAUGAAUUCGGCGACAAGAUAUUUGACCAGAAUUCUUUUGAAACCAGAUGGAUUUGUUUCAUUGCGUCGACCAAAUCGUCUGGCAUUACAAUUCCAUAGUGAACAGCAACCAUGGAAUUUCCAGCAUCAACAAUUUCGUCUUAGACAUUCAGCACGAUUGAAUACGGUUGUGGUAUUCGUUCCACAACAAGAAGCUUGGAUCAUCGAACGUAUGGGUCGUUUUAAUCGAAUAUUAGAUCCUGGACUCAAUGUCCUACUACCAGUUCUUGAUAGCAUCAGUUAUGUUCAAAGUUUAAAAGAGAUUGCCAUUGAUAUUCCACAACAAUCUGCUGUCACAAGUGAUAAUGUCACAUUACAUAUUGAUGGUGUUCUUUAUUUGAAAGUUAACGAUCCUUAUAAAGCAUCAUAUGGUGUUGAAGAUCCAGAAUUCGCUAUCACUCAACUUGCACAAACAACUAUGCGAUCAGAAAUAGGUAAAAUCAAUUUAGAUUCUGUAUUCAGAGAACGUGAAAUGCUUAACAUUGCUAUUGUUGAAUCGAUCAAUUUGGCGAGUAAUUCUUGGGGUCUAACAUGUAUGCGUUAUGAAAUUCGUGAUAUAACGUUACCUGCAAGAGUUCAGGAGGCUAUGCAAAUGCAAGUUGAAGCUGAAAGAAAAAAACGUGCAGCCGUUCUUGAAUCCGAAGGUAUUCGUGAGGCAGAAAUCAAUGUUGCUGAGGGUAAGAAAAAAUCUCGAAUAUUAUCAUCUGAAGCUCAUCUGAUGGAACAAGUCAACGAAGCUAAAGGUCUAGCCGAAGCAACUAGACUAAAAGCUGAAGCUAAAUCAAAAGCUAUUCAUAUUGUUGGACAAUCAUUACGUUCGAUUGAGGGUAGUGAUGCUGCAAGUUUAAAUAUUGCUGAACAAUAUAUCGGUGCAUUUUCAAAAUUGGCCAAAACGGGCAAUACAUUAAUCCUAUCAUCGGAUGCUGGUGAUAUUGCUAAAAUGUCGGCAAAUGCCCUUCAAGUAUACAAAACUUUGUCUCGUCCAGAUCGAAUCGAUGAAGAAUUGGAUGAAGAAGAUCCCGAAGAAUAUUACAGUAAUCAAGAAGAUGGAAAUAAUAAAUAAAUAAAAAAAUAAUUUAUUUUCAUUUGUA